CGCCGCUGUGACUUGGCGGGAACCGGACUCUGGGCUGUAAGGCGGUGGGCAGCGAUCCCGAGCCCGUGUGGGGCCCACCGCUGGUCUGGGUGGAAGGAUCAGUGUAUUCGGAGCAGCAUCUCUGCGCUAGCAGAAGGUGGAACAACACAGGGAAAGAUUUCAGGAUGCCACCUAACAUAAACUGGAAAGAAAUAAUGAAAGUCGAUCCAGAUGACCUUCCUCGGCAAGAAGAACUUGCAGAUCAUUUAUUGGUCUCCUUGUCCAAGGUGGAAGUAAAUGAGCUAAAAAGUGAAAGUCAGGAAAAUGUGGUACACCUUUUCCGGAUUACUCAGUCAUUAAUGAAGAUGAAAGCUCAAGAAGCAGAACUAGCUUUGGAAGAGGUUGAAAAAGCCGGAGAAGAACAAGCAAAAUUUGAAAAUCAAUUAAAAACUAAAGUAAUGAAACUGGAAAAUGAAUUGGAGAUGGCUCAGCAGUCUGCUGGUGGACGGGACACCCGGCUUCUACGUGAUGAAAUUCGCCAACUUGAAAAGCAACUGGAACAAAAAGACAGAGAACUAGAGGACAUGGAGAAAGAACUGGAGAAGGAGAAGAAAGUCAAUGAACAAUUGGCUCUUCGCAAUGAGGAAGCAGAAAAUGAAAACAGCAAACUGAGAAGAGAGAACAAACGUCUAAAGAAAAAGAAUGAACAGCUCCGGCAGGAUAUUAUCGACUACCAAAAACAGAUAGACUCACAGAAAGAAACACUUUUGUCAAGAAGAGGAGAAGACAGUGAUUAUCGGUCACAGUUGUCAAAAAAAAACUAUGAACUUGUCCAGUAUCUGGAUGAAAUUCAGACUUUAACUGAAGCUAAUGAGAAAAUUGAAGUUCAGAAUCAAGAAAUGCGAAAAAAUCUAGAAGAAUCAGUGCAGGAAAUGGAGAAAAUGACUGAUGAAUAUAAUAGGAUGAAAGCUAUUGUACAUCAGACAGAUAAUAUAAUAGACCAGUUAAAAAAAGAAAAUGAACAUUAUCGACUUCAAGUGCAAGAGCUUACAGAUCAUCUGAAAGCAAAAAAUGAGGAAGAUGAUCCUGUCAUGGUAGCUGUCAGUGCAAAAGUAGAAGAAUGGAAGUCAAUUUUGUCUUCUAAAGAUGAUGAGAUUAUUGGAUAUCAGCAUAUGUUAUAUAACCUCAACGAGAAACUUAAAAAUGCCCAGCUGGAUGCUGAUAAAAGUAAUGUCAUGGCUCUACAGCAGGGGAUUCAGGAACGAGAUAGUCAAAUUAAGAUGCUAACAGAACAAGUGGAACAGUAUACGAAAGAAAUGGAGAAGAAUACUUUUGUUAUUGAAGAUUUGAAAAGUGAACUCCAAAGAAACAAAGGUGCUUCUACUCUUUAUCAUCAGACUCAUUAUAUGAAAAUUCAAUCAAAGCUACAGAUUUUAGAAGAGAAAAUGAAGGAGGCUGAGAGAACAGCUGAGCUGGCUGAGGCUGAUGCUAGGGAAAAGGAUAAAGAAUUAGUUGAGGCUUUGAAGCGAUUAAAAGAUUAUGAAUCGGGAAUAUAUGGUUUAGAAGAAGCUGUUGCUGAAAUAAAGAAUUGUAAAAAUCAAAUUAAAAUAAGAGAUCGAGAGAUUGAAGAAUUGACAAAGGAAAUAAAUAAACUUGAAUUGAAGAUCAAUGACAUCUUGGAUGAAAAUGAGGCCCUUAGAGAGCGACUGGGUCUUGAACCAAAGACAAUGAUUGAUUUAACAGAAUUUAGAAACAGUAAGAGGUUAAAACAGCAGCAGUAUAGAGCUGAAAACCAGAUUCUUUUGAAAGAGAUUGAAAGUCUAGAGGAAGAACGACUUGAUCUGAAAAAAAAAAUCCGUCAAAUGGCUCAAGAAAGAGGAAAAAGAAGUGUAACUUCAGGGUUAACCACUGAAGACUUGAACCUAUCUGAAAGCUUUCCCCAAGAAUAUAGAAUAGGGGAAAGAAAAUUGGAUUUCACAAGCCUUAGAAGUAUGGGUGAAAUGCAGUCAAAGAAUGAAUUGCUGUCAAGAGAACUCAUCGAAAAGGAAAGAGAUUUGGAAAGAUGUAGGACAGUCAUAGGCAAGUUUCAGAAUAAAUUAAAACAGUUAGUUGAAGAAAAUAAGCAACUUGAAGAAGGCAUGAAAGAAAUACUGCAAGCCAUUAAGGAAAUGCAGAAAGAUCCUGAUGUUACUGGAGGAGAGGCAUCUCUGAUCAUCCCAAGUCUGGAGAGACUAGUUAAUGCUAUAGAAUCAAAGAGUGCAGAAGGAAUCUUUGAUGCCAGUCUGCAUUUGAAAGCCCAAGUUGAUCAACUUACUGGAAGGAAUGAAGAAUUAAGACAGGAGCUCAGACAGUCUCGGAAAGAGGCUAUAAAUUAUUCUCAACAGUUGGCAAAAGCAAAUUUAAAGAUAGAUCAUCUUGAAAAAGAAACCAGUCUACUACAACAGUCCAAAAGUUCCAAUGUGGUUUUUAAAGGAGUAGACUUACCUGAGGGGAUAGCGCCAUCUAGUGCCAAUAUCAUCAAUUCUCAGAAUGAAUAUUUAAUACAUCUUUUACAGGAACUUGAAAAUAAAGAAUGCAAGUUGAAGAAUUUAGAAGAUUCUCUGGAAGACUAUAAUAGAAAAUUUGCAGUAAUUCGUCACCAGCAAAGCUUAUUGUAUAAAGAAUACUUAAGUGAAAAGGAGACCUGGAAAACAGAAUCUGAAGCAAUUAAAGAAGAAAAGAAAAAACUCGAGGAUCAAAUUCAACAAGAUGCUAUAAAAGUAAAAGAAUAUAAUAAUUUACUGAAUGCUCUUCAGAUGGAUUCAGAUGAAAUGAAGAAAACACUUUCAGAAAAUAGUAGAAAGCUCACAGUCUUACAAGUAAAUGAAAAGUCACUCAUAAGGCAGUACACAACAUUAGUAGAAAUGGAACGGCAACUUAGAAAAGAAAACAGCAAACAAAAGAAUGAAUUGAUGUCAAUGGAAGCUGAAGUUUGCGAAAAAAUUGGAUGUUUGCAAAGAUUUAAGGAAAUGGCCAUUUUCAAGAUUGCAGCUCUCCAAAAAGUUCUAGACAACAGUGUUUCUUUAUCUGAACUAGAACUGGCCAAUAAGCAAUACAAUGAGCUGACUGCCAAGUACAGGGACAUCUUACAGAAGGACAAUAUGCUUGUUCAAAGAGCAAGUAACUUGGAACAGCUAGAGUGUGAAAACGCGUCUUUAAAAGAACAAAUGGAGUUUCUAAAUAAAGAACUGGAAAUUACCAAGGAAAAAUUUCAUACCAUUGAACAAGCCUGGGAACAAGAAACUAAAUUAGGAAACGAAGCUAACAUGGACAAAGCAAAGAAGUCAAUAACCAACAGUGAAAUUGUUUCUAUUUCCAAAAAAAUCACCAUGUUGGAAAUGAAGGAAUUAAACGAGAGGCAGCGAGCUGAACAUUGUCAAAAAAUGUAUGAACACCUCAGGACUUCAUUGAAACAGAUGGAAGAACGUAAUUUUGAAUUGGAAUCCAAAUUUGCUGAGCUUACCAAAAUCAACUUAGAUGCGCAGAAGGUGGAACAGACGUUAAGAGAUGAAUUAGCUGAUAGUGUGAGCAAGGCAGUGAGUGAUGCUGAUAGACAACGGAUUCUAGAGUUAGAGAAGAAUGAAAUGGAACUAAAAGUUGAAGUGUCAAAAUUAAGAGAAAUUUCUGAUAUUGCCAAAAGGCAAGUUGAAAUUUUGAACACACAACAACAGUCCAGGGAAAGGGAAGUCGAUUCUCUCAGAAUGCAACUAGUGGACUACCAGGCACAGUCUGAUGAAAAAGCACUAAUUGCCAAGUUGCACCAACACAUUGUUUCUCUUCAAAUUAGUGAAGCUGCUGCUCUUCGGAAGUUGGAGUCAGUUACGUCCAAACUGCAGAAGAUCCAGGCCUGCAAUUUGCGGUUGGAGCAGAAACUUGAUGAGAAAGAACAGGCUCUCUAUCAUGCUCGUCUGGAGGGGAGGAACAGAGCCAAACAUCUGCGCCAGACCGUGCAGGCCCUGCGCCGCCAGUUCAGCGGGGCCUUACCGCUGGCGCAGCAGGAGAAGUUCUCCAGAACAAUGAUUCAGCUUCAGAACGACAAACUCAGGAUAAUGCAAGAGAUGAAAACUUCUCAACAAGAACGUAGAAAUAUGGAGAACAAAACAUUGGAGAUGGAAUUAAAGCUAAAGGGGCUAGAGGAGUUAAUAAGCACUUUAAAGGAUGCCAGGGGAGCCCAAAAGGUAAUCAAUUGGCAUGUAAAAAUAGAAGAACUUCGCCUUCAAGAACUUAAGCUAAAUAGAGAAUUAGUCAAGGAUAAAGAAGAGAUAAAAUAUUUGAAUAAUAUAAUCUCUGAAUAUGAGCAAACAAUCAGCAGUUUGGAGGAGGAAAUCGUGCAGCAAAACAAGUUUCAUGAGGAAAGACAGAUGGCCUGGGACCAAAGAGAGGUUGAGCUGGAACGUCAGUUGGAUGCUUUUGAUCGACAGCAAAAUGAAAUACUCAGCGCAGCACAAAAGUUUGAAGCAGCUACAGGACCAGUGCCAGAUCCCAGUUUACCCCUUUCUAAUCAACUGGAGAUUGCUCUAAGAAAAAUUAAAGAAAAUGUUCGGAUAAUCCUAGAAACACAGGCAACUUGCAAAUCACUAGAAGAGAAACUAAAAGAAAAGGAAUCUGCUUUACGGUUAGCAGAGCAAAAUAUUCUGUCAAGAGACAAAGUUAUCAAUGAACUAAGGCUUCGCUUGCCUGCUACGGCAGAACGAGAAAAACUUAUAACCGAAUUAAGCAGAAAAGAGGUGGAACCAAAGUCUCAGCACACUUUGAAAAUUGCACACCAAACCAUUGCAAAUAUGCAAGCAAGGCUAAAUCAGAAGGAGGAAGUACUAAAGAAAUACCAGCAUCUUCUAGAAAAAGCCAGAGAGGAACAAAGAGAGCUUGUGAAGAAACACGAAGAAGAUCUGCAUAUUCUUCAUCAUAAAUUAGAGCUACAGGCUGAUAGUUCCCUCAAUAAAUUCAAACAAACAGCUUGGGAUUUAAUACACCAGUCUCCUACUCCAGUUCCUACCAACAAGCAUUUCACUCGUCUGGCUGAGAUGGAACAGAUGGUAGCAGAACAGGACAACUCACUUUCUUCACUUUUGGCCAAACUGAAGAAAGUGUCACAGGAGUUAGAGAGACAAAAGGAAAUCACUGAGUUAAAAAUCAAAGAAUUUGAAAGUGUCAAAUCACAGCUUCAAGAAACCCAUGCUGAUGAAGUGAAAAAGAUGAAAGCCGAAGUGGAGGAGUUAAGGGGUCUCCUGACCAAGUCACAGAAAGAGUCACAGAGCUUAAAGUCUGAACUUCAGGCUCAGAAGGAAGCAAAUUCAAGAGCUCCAACAACUACAAUGAAAAACCUAGUAGAAAGACUAAAGAGCCAGCUAGCUCUGAAAGAGAAACAACAAAAAGCACUGAGUCGAGCUCUUUUGGAACUCCGGGCAGAAAUGACAGCAGCCGCUGAAGAACAUAUCAUUUCUGUAACUUCUCAGAAAGAGGCAAACCUCAACGUUCAACAAGUUGUGGAUCGUCAUACCAGAGAGCUAAAGUCAAAAAUUGAAGAUUUAAAUGAAAAUCUUUCAAAAUUGAAAGAAUCUCUUAAAACAAGUAAAAACAGAGAAAACUCACUAAACGAUAAUUUGAAUGAGCUAAACAACGAACUACAAAAAAAGCAAAAAGCUUAUCUUAAGAUACUUAGAGAGAAGGAUGAAAUUGAUCAAGAGAAUGAGGAACUCAAAAGGCAAAUUAAACGAUUAGCCAGUGGACUACAGAGCAAAUGUCUGGUAGAUAAUAAGCAAAAUUUAAUUGAAGAACUUCAAAAGAAAGUUAAAAAACUGGAAAGCCAAUUGGAAAGAAAGGUGGAUGAAGAAGAAAUAAAACCUGUGAAAGAAAAGAGUACCAGAGAAGAAUUAAUUAGGUGGGAAGAAGGUAAAAAAUGGCAAAAUAAAAUUGAAGGCAUUCGAAAUAAGUUAAAAGAGAAAGAGGGGGAAAUCUACACUCUAACAAAGCAGUUAAACACUUUAAAGGACCUUUUUGCCAAAGCUGAUAAAGAGAAACUUACUUUGCAGAAGAAACUAAAAUCAGCUGGCAUAACUGUUGAUCAGGUUUUAGGAGUGCGAGCUUUGGAGACAGAAAAAGAGUUGGAAGAAUUGAAGAAGAGAAAUCUUGACUUAAAAAAUGACAUACUGCAUAUGAGGACCCAGCAAGCUCUUCCCCGGGAUUCUGUUAUAGAAGAUUUACGUUUACAAAACAAGUAUCUCCAAGAAAAAAUUCAUGCUUUAGAAAAACAGCUUUCAAAAGAUGCAUAUUCUGGGCCUUCAACUUCAGUAGAGUCUGAUGAACACUGCCAAAGAGAACAGGAGCUUCAGAAAGAAAACUUAAAGUUGUCAGCUGAAAAUAUUGAACUGAGAUUUCAGCUGGAACAAGCAAAUAAAGAUUUGCCAAGACUAAAGAAUCAAGUAAGAGAUUUGAAAGAAAUGUGUGAAUUUCUUAAAAAAGAAAAAACUGAAGCUGAACGGAAACUUGGCCAUGUUAGAGGAUCUGGAAGAAGUGGAAAGACAAUCCCAGAGCUAGAAAAAACCAUUGGGCUAAUGAAAAGAGUCGUUGAGAAAGUCCAAAGAGAAAAUGAACAGCUGAAAAAGGCAUCAGGAAUACUGACCAGUGAGAAAAUGGCAAAUAUUGAGACGGAAAAUGAACAGUUGAAGACUGAACUAGAAAAACUUAAAGCUCAUCUUGGACGUCAGUUGAGCAUGCACUAUGAAUCCCAGACAAAAGGCACAGAGAAGAUUGUUGCUGAAAAUGAGAGGCUUCGUAAAGAACUUAAAAAAGAGACUGAAGCUGCAGAGAAAUUACGGAUAGCCAAGAAUAAUUUAGAGAUUUUAAAUGAGAAAAUGACGGUUGAACUAGACGAGACUCUGAAGAAAUUACAGCUUGCAGAAAGUCGAGGACCGCAGCUUGAAGGUGCUGACAGGAAGAGUUGGAAGUCAAUCGUCUUAACAAGGAUGUAUGAAACGAAAUUGAAAAAAUUAGAAACUGAUAUUGCCCAAAAAAAUCAAACUAUUACUGAACUUAAGCAACAUGUGAAAGAGGCAACAGAGAGAGAACAAAAAGCCAAGAAAUACGCUGAAGACCUUGAAAGACAGAUAGAGGUUCUCAAAUGUGUUCCUGAUGAUAUCAAGACAGAGGAAGACCUUAAACGAGAGCUUCAAGUUCUUAGAUUAGCUAAUAGCCAGUUGGGUAAAGACAAAGCAGAUUUGAUUCUUCAGAUAGAAGCUAACAAGGACCAACAUGGAGCAGAACGUGCUGUGCCUGAUACUGAUCAACUAAAGGAAACGGUAAAAGACCUAAAGGCACAGCUUAAAACAGAAAAUCUAGAAAAGCUGCAGUUAAAGGAAGAAGUUAAAAAGCUGAAGAAAGAACUGGAAAAUUUUGAUCCUUCAUUUUUUGAAGAAAUUGAAGAUCUGAAGUAUAAUUAUAAGGAAGAAGUUAAAAAAAAUAUUCUUUUAGAAGAAAAGUUAAAAAAAUUUUCUGAGCAAUUUGGUGUUGAAUUAACUAGCCCUGUUACUUCUGAACAGUAUGAAAAUGAAGAAAGUCUUGAUAACUUCCCUGUAUAUUAAGGUCCAUCAAUAAUCAUAGUUUUAUUUAUUUAUAAGUUUAAAAUUUUAUAGGAUAUUAAGCAAAUC